AUGUCUGACACGCCUGAAGGUAUUGUUGAAUACGGCUACGACAAUAUUACAGAAUGGUAUCUGCAGUGGGUGAAGAGCCAGAAGUCACCACGAGAAAGAUACACCAAGAUGCUCCUAGACAAGCUGCAACCUUCACCCUCUAUUCUAGAGCUUGGUUGCGGGCCCGGAGUUCCUAUUCUAAGAAUGCUUCUUGAUCAAGGCGCUCAAGUGGUCGCCAAUGAUCUCUCAUCCAAGCAGAUCGAGUUAGCCAAGGCCCGUUGCCCGGAGGCCAAGCUGGUUACGGGCAGCAUGACCACCCUCACUUUCGAGCCUAUGAGCUUCCAUGGUGUCAUUAGCUUCUAUGCACUGUUCCACCUUCCACGGUCGCAGCUCAAGGCCAUGCUCACUACGAUCUAUGAUUGGUUGAAGCCCGGGGGUGUCUUCGUCUUUAAUCUUGCAACUGUCGAUGAAGAAGAAAUCCAUGGCGAAUUCCUAGGAUAUGGGAUGUUCUGGAGCAGCUAUAGUGUGGAUCAGAACCGAGCAAUGUUAACAGAAAUCGGAUUUGAUAUCUUACAGAUGGAAGUAUUGCACGCAAAUGAUGGAACGUUGGAGGAGGGGGAUCCGGACUAUGAUUCCGAGUUUAUGUGGGUAAUGGCACGAAAGAAAGAAUCUCCCGACGAUCCAAGCAGUGUACAAGCAGUGUGA